AUGGGUCGUCAGGCACUUGUGGACGCGUCUUUGAGGGGCAGGAAAGAAGCUCCCUUGCCAGAGAGUCGGCCAUUUGGUUGCCAGCGACCCCAGCGUGACCUGGUACCCAUGCGAGGCGGACACCGCCCUAUUUUUUCUCUCGUCAUUGCAGUGGCGUCUAGCCUUCACAUCCUGCACCUGUCGGUGCCCAAAUGGGUGCAGAACGGCACCGAGGACUCGGUGGUUCUGGACUGCGUGUACAACGCGAACCGCGAGGACGAGCACCUGGUGAUCAAGUGGUUCCUCAACGACGACCCGCAGCCCAUCUACCAGUGGAUCCCCGAGCUGAACAAGCGAUUCGUGUCGAGUCGCCUCAAGGACCGCAUCAACCUGGACUACUCGCUCACCAACGGUAACAGCUUCACCAAGUUCCGCGCGCUCAACCUGGUGCGGCCCACCACCGAGCUGAGCGGCCGGUACUCCUGCCACGUCAUGUCACUCGCGGGACAAGACUCCGAGUCCAAGCUCAUGACCGUCUACGCUCCUCCCAAGAGGUUCGACUUCACUUUCGAGCGGGUGUCAGCGCAUGUGACGAACCUGUCGUGCGAAGUGGAUGGCGUGUUCCCGCAACCGACGUUGUUCCUGUACCAGAGCAGCGGCCGGGACCCCGUGUCGCGACCCGUGGCCUCGGCACCAGCGAGACUGGCUCCUCCAACCCCCGCCGAAGGCGCUGCCGGCUACCACGUGCGCCUGACGUAUGCGCUGGACAGCCGCACGCUGGACGCGUCCGGUCACGUGGAGUACGUGUUCGAGUGUGUGCUUGCCAUUCCGGAGACCAACUUUAGGCAGCAGCGGCGGCUAGAGUUUGAACCCGGUAAGGAAUGCACUGUAAGAAACAAGGAAUAUUCGAGUAAUAACUCCACAACAGAGAUUGCGGAACCAUCAACGAUGCAACAUGCUUUCUCCAUGGGGCCACGUCCUAAAUAG